AUGUCAGACACUGGUAUUACCAAUGCCGACAACAACGGCAGCAACAAACGAAAACGGGAUGAAGACAGCUUGGGUCCAGACCCUCAACGUCUAGCCACCCCCCAUAGUGGCAGCAAUGGAACUGUCCCUGGGCUGAAUGGGCCUAAUGAUGCUCAAGCCUAUACACAUUCAGCCCUAGGCCACUAUGAUGGGACGACCUCGGACCUUAAUAUCGAUGAACAACUCCUCACCCACGUCGCCCAGUCCAAUGGCUUAACAGACGACAGUGCUCUUACAGCAAAUGCCAAGGCUGCCUUAGCUGCGAAUGCACAAAAUAAGUAUUCUUCGCCCCCAGAUGGAGGAUUCGAUGGCCAGAUCACACAUGGACUUCCAUUUGGUGAUCAGCUUGGGCAAUCAGCCGGACUCCCUGGGCACACAUCGUCCCACACCUCAACUGCUGCUGCAGUCUACGCCGCUCGUGAAGCCCAGAGCAUGAAUGCAAAGCCAACUGUUGGAUCUCCAGAAUGGCAUGCUUUGCGCAAGAAUAAUCACAAAGAGGUGGAACGUCGCCGUCGUGAAACCAUCAAUGAAGGAAUCAACCAAAUUGCACAGCUCGUUCCUAACUGUGACAAGAACAAAGGAGCGAUUCUGCAACGCGCUAUUGAAUAUAUUGCCCAAUUGCAGGAGGAGAAGAAGCAGAUGGGGGAUCGCUUUGAUCAAACCAACCUCACAACACAGUCAGCCCUUUCUGAGAUUACCACGCAGAAUUCGAAGUGGAAAGCUGAAGUCAAUCGACGGGGCGAUAUUGCUCUCAAGUGGAUUCAACGCGCCCGCGACGCAGGUCUUGAGUUCGAUGAUUACGAUGACGAAAAAGACCUCGGUAAUUUACACAUGGACCACAAUCAAAAUGUCUAG